UCAAUGAGAUAUUCUAAAGUUUGUAGGUUAUAAUAGAUACAAAUUUAUUGAAUAACGUGUUUUAAUUGAUUUAUUAAACAUGAACUGCAAAAAGUGUGGUAGUCCUGGAAACGUUAUCUUACGGAAAAAAGAUUCAUAUUGUGAAAAUUGUUUUAUUACUAACACGAAUCAUAAAUUUCGAGCAUGUAUUGGUAAAAACAAAGUUUUAAGAGCGAAUGAUAAUGUUUUAGUAUGUUUAUCAGGCGGAAUUGGCUCUACUGUAUUGUUAGAUUUUAUCCAUAAUGGCAUUUCUAUGGAUAGUCAUAAAAAGUUAAGGAUAAUUCCUUUCUUCCUGCAUGUAAAAGAGUCUGAAGAUGCUAGCGGUUCUCAAGCAGUAAAAGUUAUAGAGCAGUGUAGAAAGUUAAAUUUUGAUGUACACAUUAUUAACAUUUCACUGUUUAUUGAAUCUGGUACUGAACCUACCUCACUGAACAACAUUCCACAACUAAACAAUGAAACAUCAGACAAGUUCAAAAGAUUUUUAAAAAGCAUGCCAGCAACUGUGAGAAAUGACCUGUUAUUGAAAAUCAAGCGGCAUUUGUUUACCAAAUAUGCAAAACAUUUAAAUUGUAACUAUAUUUUAACUGCUGAAACAACAACAACACUUGCUAUUAAUUUAUUAUCCAACCUUGCACUGGGUAGAGGAUCACAAAUACAAAAUGAAGUUGGAUUCUAUGAUGCAAGAGAUGACAAUAUAAAGGUAUUAAGACCAAUGAAGGAAAUUAGUCAAGAGGAACUAACACUAUAUAUCAAAAUCAAGAACUUAAGUCCUGAACAUAAUAGUUUGUUGAAUGAUAACAGUUUGCAAUCAGUAAUUGGUACAUUUGUAACAGAUCUACAAGAGAAUUUCCCAGCAACUAUAUCAACUAUUUGCAAAACUGCAGAUAAAAUUGGCAUCAAGGUAGAUUCUAAAAAACAAGGAAAAUGUGUAAUAUGUGAGAAUGAAUUGGGGGUUGUAACCUCUAAGUUAACAGCCCUUUCAGCAACUAAAUUUUCAAGAACUGUAUCAAAUGGAAGACCCGAAAAUGUUGAUAAUUUCAAUAGUGUGAUCCAUUUAUAUGAUAUUAAAGACAAUGUUAAUCAGUCAUUGUUUCCACAUAUACACUCAUGCCUAUGUUAUGGUUGUAGUAAGAACUACUCAGAAAUGGAAAUAUCUCAAAUGCCAAAUCAUGUACAAAAAUUAUUCGAAAAUAAAUGAAUUUUGGUAAUAAA